CCUGCAAGGAGGAUUUUUCCGUGGGGAGAGGGUGGAGGGUUGGUCCCCAUCCCGUACGUGAUGCCUGUGUUCCUGUAGCGGGAACUGUGAUGGUGCUGCAUGGCACCGGGCUGGGCGCAGGGAAAGAGCUGAAGCUGGACCAUGAGAGUCCAGCCAACCAUCAGAAACUGGAGCUGAGGUUGGACCAUGAGGGUCCAGCCAACCAUCAGAAACUGGAGCUGAGGUUGGACCAUGAGGGUCCAGCCAACCAUCAGAAGCUGGAGCUGAGGUUGGACCGUAAGGGUCUGGCCACCUUCAGAAGCCAGAGCUAAAGUUUGACCGUGAGUGUCCGGAUCUGGCCACUGUCAGAAGCCAGGGCUGAAGUAGGACCAUGAGGGUCUGGCCAGCAUUGGAAGCUGGAGCUGAAGUCGGACACUGAGAGUCUGGAUCCUGCCACUGUCAGAAGCCAGGCCUGAAGUUGGACCAUGAAAGUCUGGGCACUGUCAGAAGCUGGGGCUGAAGUCAGACCAUGAAGAUCCGGCCACCAUUGGAAACCAGAGCUAAAGUCAGACCAUGAGGGUCUGGCCACCAUCAGAAGCUCAGGUGGAAGUCGGACCACAAAGGUCCAGCCACCAUCAGAAUCCGGAGCUGAAGUCAGACCUUGAGAGUCUGAUCCGGCCACUAUCAAAAGUUGGAGCUGAAGUCAGACUGUGAGGAUCCAGCCACCAUCAGAAGCCAGAGCUGAAGUUGGACUGUGAGAGUCUGGUUCCAGCCACUGUCAAAAGUUGGAGCUGAAGUCAGACUGAGGGUCCAGCCACCAUCAGAAGCCAGGGCUGUGCUCUAACCCUUGCCAAAUUAUUUCUGAGGUGUUCUGUCCCACCACCAGCCUGUGUCCCCCGCUGGGCCAGCUGGCUUUGCUUCUCCUGAGGCACUUCUCCUUGGGAUUGGUUGUGUUUUGGGUGCAGUGGGGUGUGCUUGUGCUGUGGUUGGAAGCAGAAGCUGUGGAGGAGUAUAAGGCUGUCCCCUUGGACCCACCAGAGCCCUCAUAUCCCCGGGGCGCAGGAUGACUGCAGCAGCACUCAUGCUUGGAAAAUGACUGCUUCCACAUCUAGGCCUUGAGUCACCAGUGCACACUGUCCUCCUGGGUUGUUGUUUUCCAUCCACGAGUUGUUUAUUUAUAACUCGGAGAGCGUCGCUCUUUGGGAUACUGAAGAGCUGAGCUCUGGGACAGAAUCUCAACUUCUCCUGGCACAAGCCUUGAUUCCAACAAGAAGAAUUUGGCUGGUUUGCAGCAGUUUGGUAAAUAGACAGCCCUGCUCUCACACCGGUGACUCUCUGCCUCGGUGAGAUGUGAAGGCAGCGCCCGGCGCAGGGAGCAGCAGCAGCUGAGAUGCAUUCGAGUCACGCCGAUGACCCCAAGGAAGCAAUACAGCUGAUCAAGAAGCAGCUGGUGAAUGCCAUCAAGGCGUUGCAGAAGCAGUACGUGACCUCAGAUGCCGUUGUAACCAGCGACGAUGGGAAUGCCAACACCCUCUGCAGCACCCUGGAAGCUGUCUUCGUGCACGGGCUGAAGGCAAAGCACAUAAGGACAGAGAGUGGGGGGAAAGGAAAGAAAGCAGGGGGUCGGGGACCACUUCCCCAGCCCGUCUUCUGGGGGCUGCUGAAGAGCAUCACCCAUCGCAAUAUUGUCUCAGAGCUGGAACAACUCAUCUUUAUCAACACAGAUGUCGGCCGCUGCCGAGCCUGGCUGAGGCUGGCUUUGAACGAUGGCCUCGUGGAGUGUUACUUGAAGCUACUGCUGCGGGAGAGGUCCCGGCUGCUGGAAUACUACCAGGCAUCUGCUCUGCUCUUAGAUGCCGAAGAGUGUGAAUUUCUCCUUAGCUACUUGCAAGGUUUAUCAUCCUUAACUUUUGAGCUCUCCUAUAAAUCAGCAGUUCUGAACGAGUGGACUAUCACCCCUCUGUCCCUGUCCGGGCUGUGUCCUGUUUCGGAGCUGCUGGAGCCCCUCACAUCCUCAACAUCCGAAUCCCACCGAAAAGCAUCAGUGGGUUCGAUCUCCCAAUCCUCAGGGUCGGAUGAGAUUGAGAUUCAACCCUCUGUCCUACCCAUCAGCAAAGCCAGCAGCAAAAUCAAGCUCACGUCGUCCUCAUUGAGCCUUAACACCACCAGCUCAUCCCAGCUCUCCUCCAGCCUGGGCUCCGACAGCAUCCUCCCUGCUCACUGUGCCCGCAGUCCCGAGCGGAGCGAGGAGCCACUCUCCUGCGACUCCGACUUGGGAACAGCCACUGCCGAGGACCUGGACAGGUCGCUGCAAGAGGUGUUGUCCGAGUUUAGCAAAGCCAAGCCGAGCCUGGAUGCCCCGGAGGGAGGGCUGGUCCCCAGCGUGCUGUGCUGCUCCCCAUGGCAUCCCGCCUGCCCCCCAUCCGCAUCGCCCAUCCCUGCAGCACCAUCCUGUAGAACUUGCCAGGAGGCACCUCCUGACACCAACGGUCCAGGUUCUGCUCGAACAGCAACCACCAGCGAUAGGGAUGGACAUGCAGCACCACAAGCCAAUGGCACGGCCGUUAUUUCAGCCACGCGGCAUGGUGGUCCCAGCAGAGGAGAGACAGGCAGAGGCAGCACAGGCAGCAGCAGCAAAGCAAACCUGGCUGUCCGCAGCCCGACAGCUGAGUACCUCCUUUCUCCACUGCUUGGAUGUCCGAAAAGAAAGAGCUGGAUCUCAGAAGAUGAUUUCUACAGACCUUCACCAGGAGAGAGCAGCGAAAUCAUGGCCAACACCAAUGGCUUUGGGCCAGAAGGGGCUGGUGAGGCUCCAGCCCCAGGGCUCAUUAGUGCUCUGGACUUGGAACGGUUGUCGGUGCCAUCCACAGAGAGUGAAAAUCCCCAAAUGUCACCUGAACGUGAGCAAAAGGGCUUCAGCGUUGUGCAUCGCAGACAGAUGGGUCUUUCCAACCCUUUCCGAGGGCUCCUGAAGCUGGGCACCCUGGAGCGGAGAGGAGUCAUGGGAAUAUGGAAGGAGUUUUCCUGCGAACUGUCUCCACUGGAGCUCCGACUCUUCCUAGACCAUGAGGACCGCAUUUGUGUUGAGAGUUAUUCCCUGCUGCGCUGCGAGUCACUGGCAUUGACGCACUCGGAUGGCCGUUUCGAGCUGGUUUUCCUGGGGAAAAAGCUUUACCUACGAGCUCCUUCUCGAGAUGAGGCUGAGGACUGGUUGGACAGGAUCCGCGAGGCGCUGCACAAGUGCCGGCCUCAGCUGGAGGAGGAGGAGGAGUGGGAGACGCUGGAGUAUCCAGAAAGUGGUGGUGAAGGCCAGCCCAUCCAGAGCAACUCCUCUGCUCUUCUCCAGUACAAUGACGUGCCUGGGAACAGCUUUGACUGGACUCUAGCUCAUGAACCAGAGCUGGAUGCCAUCAAAGAGGCUGUUUUGUACAUGGAUGUGGACAAAACCUGGGUCCCUUUUAUUUUUUCCUUGUCUCUAGAAACUUUAAAGUGCUUUAAAGUCCGGAACAGUGACAAAAUUUUAAGCAACAGUUAUGGUAUCGAGACCAUCCAGGACAUUCUUCCAGACACAAGCCUUGGGGGACCCGCGUUCUUUAAAGUGAUCACCUCCAAAGCUGUCCUGAAGCUGCAGGCUGAGAACACAGAAGAAGCAGCCUCGUGGAGAGAGCUGGUCCGAGAGGUGCUCAUGUCCUACCUGGAGAGCGCUGAGGAGGCGCUGACGCUGGGUGGCAGCUUGGAUGGGCACUCCCAGGUUGUCCUGAAGAACAUUGUGAAGGAGAAUGGCUUCUUGUUGCAGUAUCUCGUGGCCAUCCCCGUGGAGAAGGGCCUGGACUCACAGAGCUACAUCUGUGCAGGCUGCUCCAGGCAGAUCGGUUUCUCCUUCACAAAGCCAAAGCUCUGUGCCUUCUCUGGUCUCUAUUACUGUGACAGCUGCCACCAGGACGAGGAGACAGUGAUUCCCUCGCGCCUCAUCCACAACUGGGAUCUCACAAAACGAGGGGUUUGCCGGCAGGCUUUGAAGUUCCUCACGCAGAUCCGUAACCAGCCGCUGAUCAACCUGAAGCUGGUCAACGAGAGCCUCUAUGACCAUGUGGAGAGGAUGGGACGGAUUCGGCAGAGCAGGGAACAGCUGAAGCUGCUGGGAGAUUAUCUCAUCAUGUGCCGCAGUGGGGCCCUGAAGGAGCUGAGCAAGCGGCUUGACCACAGGCACUACCUCUUGGAGUGUCCACAUAAAUACAGCGUCACUGAUCUGAGGCAGAUAGCAGAUGGUGUCUUUGAGACCUUCCUGCAGUCUCUGCUCCAGUUUGCUUCCCAUCAUGUCUACAACUGCGACCUGUGCACCCAGCGUGGCUUCAUCUGCCAGAUCUGCAACAGCAGCGACAUCAUUUUUCCCUUCGAGUUUGACACUACCACCAGGUGCAAUGAAUGCAAAACCGUCUUCCACCGGGACUGCCAAGCCAGUGCCAAGUCGUGUCCCCGCUGCGAGCGCCGGCAGAGGUACCAGCGGAAGCUUGAGGCAGAGGCCAGCGUGGAGCCAAGUCUGUAGCACCCAGGGAGCGACUGCGACGCUGCUCUGGGCUUCUCAUCCAGCCAGAAUAGUACCAAGGGGAAGGGACCAGUGGGAGCUGCGAAGAGAUCCCUCUGCUCAGGAGCUGAUCCUGCAGCUGGCCCUUCCAUGGGGACAGGGAGCGAUGCUGGGCGGUGUGGCGUGGGUGCUCCUGCCCCACGCAGGGACCCCUGCCCACCCAGGGCUGAGCAAGGGGGGCUGGCAAGGUCUGUCCCCCCACUCACAAUGAUUCGGGUGUGCUCCCCCAGUCACCCUUCUGGUGCCAAACUGGUUUAUCCCCUCCCAAUGGAAACCCAGCAGCUUUCCAGGGGUUCGAAUCCGGAUUUCCAAUCAAGGGUGUGGAUAACUGACAUUGAUUAAAGCUCUAGUUUUUUAGGAUGUUCGGUACUGAAAAAACAGUAUUUUUUUACCUGGGAAUUUUGCACAAGCUGGCCUGCUCCAGGCAAUGACACAGCUGUGCGGGGAGGGGACAAAGUGACACUUGUGCCUUUAGGGACCUCGCCAGCCCCUGGGGGAACCAUGGGCGCCAGGGCCAGCCGAGGAGAGCUCACUCUUCACUGUGGCCUCCAGGGAGAGAGGGGAGAGAAGAGCCCUGCCUGCUGCUGUGAAUCCUCGAAAGAAAUUUUAUUUUCCUUUCACCCUUUCCCAUGCAAAAGUUAUUAAAGUUUAUUU